AUGGGGCAUUUUGACCGUCUCCCUGACUCUCUUCGCGCAGUCAGGGACCACUUUCUCGCCCUCUGCCCUACCGAGCUCACCAUUGACCUGCUCGAGAAGCAUCUGCUUGCAGCUGAGGCUAGUAUAGUUGCUGUAGGUGCCUCUCGUGGCGACCCCCGCACGCCCUUCUUCGACGGGUGUUCCCCUUCCCCCCUUCUCCCCUCGGUUGCCUCUGCUGCCGCUGUCGACUUCCUCGGUGCUGAGGACGUCGGGGCUGCGUCUGCUCCUAGCUGGAGGCGCAAGAGCGGCAAGGGCAAGGGGGGCAAGGGUGGCGGCGGUACCAGUGGGGGAGGUGGGGGUGGCGGUGGAGGUGGUGGGGGUGGUGGCGGUGGUGGGGGUGGUGGCGGGGCUGGGGGGGUCAGUGGCAGCGGGGGGGUGGCAGCGGCGGGGGUGGUGGCGGCAGUGGUGGUGGGGGAGGCCGGGGUGGAGGUGGUGGUGGUGGCGGCAGUGGGCGUGGUGGCGGCGGCUCGGGUGGUGGUCGGGGUGGACCAGCGCAGCGUGGAGGCUCGGGUGGUGCCCAGCGCCAGCAGCAGCGUCUUGGAGAGACCCCGUCGUCCCAGCAGCUUCGUGAGUGGUACUCUCAGCAUGGGGGGUCUGGGGGUGGAGGCACCUGCACACGAUGCCUGGCGUGCACAGUUCCCGGAGGCCUCUGAGCUGCCCCGCUGGGCUGAUCUGCUUAAAAAGAACAUUGAUGUAUUUGCACUUGACUUUGAUGUUAUUCUUGGAGCCAUGUAUGCAUUGACUAUUAGUGUUGAGGGUGACUGUUACUUGUGUGUGCCACCAGACCCAGGCAUUGCGACCAGUGAGGCUGCCGCUCUAGGUGCUAGUGCGUCCGCUGCCCCAGGUCCUGGUGAGACAACUGCUCUAGGUGCAGGUGUGUCUGCUGCCCCAGGUGCUUGUGAGGCUGCGCCUUCAGGUACAGCGUCUACUGCGGCACUGCACACCUUCACCCUGGACUCAGGUGCUUCCCGCUGUUUCUUUCGCGACCGCACUGCCCUCGAGCAGCUUCCUAGACCGGUUGCUGUCUCCCUGGCUGACCCCUCCGGGGGUCCGGUUCUUGCGACCUCCUCCACUGUCCUCCCGUGUCCUGCGGUCCCGUCUGGCACCCUGUCAGGUCUUUACCUCCCCUCGUUCUCUACGAACUUGGUGGCGGGCUCUGCUCUACAGGACGGGGGUGUUCACCAGUUCACCCCUGCCUAUGAGCGUGUGACCCACUGUACGUGUGCCCGGACGGGUCGCCACCUUGCUACCUUCACUAGGGAGCCGGGGUCGGACUUGUACACACUGACCACUGAGUCCCCUCAGGUCGCUGCGUCUGCGUCUGCGUCAGGUCAGCUGUCGGCCCCCUGCUUGUGUCGCUCCCUGUCCCACCAGACUGUCCUCUGGCACCACCGCCUUGGUCACCCGUCAGUGCAGCGCCUUCGCGGCAUGCACCGUCGCCUCCUUGUCUCUGGUCUUCCCCGGGUUCUCCCUCCCCUCCCACCCUCGCCUGCGCCUCCCUGUCUUCCCUGUGUCGAGGGGCGGCAGCGCGCCGCUCCUCACUCCUCCGAGUUUCCCCCGACAGAGGCUCCUCUGCAGACACUCCACAUGGACGUGUGGGGCCCCGCCCGCGUCCGUGGACAGGGCGGGGAGCGCUACUUUCUGCUGGUAGUUGACGACUACACGCGUUACACCACGGUCUUCCCCUUGCGCACCAAGGGUGAGGUCCCUGAUGUCUUGAUCCCUUGGAUCCGCGCUACCCGUCUCCAGCUGGAGAGGCGCUUUCGCUCGGACCUUCCAGUCCUGCGACUGCACUCUGAUAGAGGUGGUGAGUUUUCCUCCGACCUCUUGAGAGCCUUCUGUCAGGGGGAGGGCAUUGAGCAGACGUUCACGCUUCCGGCCUCUCCGCAGCAGAAUGGGGUUGCUGAGCGCCGCAUUGGCCUGGUCAUGGAGGUCGCUCGUACCUCCUUGGUCCAUGCGGCUGCCCCCCACUUUCUGUGGCCGUUUGCGGUACGGUACGCCGCGCAUCAGCUCAACCUCUGGCCCCGUGUCUCUGACCCGGACACCUCGCCGACACUGCGUUGGACGGGAGAGGUUGGCGAUGCGUCGGUGUUUCGAGUCUGGGGAUCUCGUGCCUUUGUCCGCGAUGCGUCCGCGGACAAGCUCUCCUCCCGUACCCUCCCCUGUGUCUUCCUUGGCUUUGUCCCUGACGCGUCUGGCUGGCAGUUUUACCACCCUGCCUCGCGCCGUGUCUUCCCUUCUCAGGACGUCACGUUUGACGAGUCGGUUCCCUUCUACCGUCUCUUCCCCUACCGCACUGCCCCGCUCCCCCCUCCGCCGCUCUUCCUCACUCCAGGUGCUGCUGUGGUAGACCCCCUGCCUCCCCAGGGUCCUGCUCCCUCAGGUGUUUCCCAGGUAGACCCGGUCGAGCCUGUCGAGGUAGCUGUCGACUCUGGUCCUGCGCGAGGUACUGAGCCUGAGCGUGCCGAGCCUGGUGGUGCUGGGUCUGGUGGUACCGAGACUCUUAGAAUCUUAUACUAG